ACUAUAACCACAGACAAUAACUAAUCCAUCUCCAUCUUUCCGGUUUCAAGAUGCCGCCCAAGAAGGACACUAAGGCUUCGGCCAAGCAGCCGCAGAAAACUCAGAAAAAGAAAGAGGGAUCCGGUGGUGGCAAAGCCAAGAAGAAGAAGUGGUCCAAAGGAAAAGUUCGUGACAAGUUGAACAACCAGGUUCUUUUUGACAAGCCCACAUAUGAGAAACUGUACAAGGAAGUCCCUCAGUACAAACUGAUCACACCCGCUGUAGUAUCUGAAAGGCUUAAGGUCCGAGGUUCCCUUGCAAGGCGAGCCCUCAUUGAACUUAGGGAGAAAGGAUUAAUCAAACAGGUUGUUCAACACCAUGGACAGGUGAUCUACACAAGGGCAACCAAGGGUGAUGAUCCUGUUGCUUAAGUUUACAUAUAAGUAUAAAAAAUAAAAAAAUAACAAAAUG